AUGUGGAAAAUCGGCAUCCCAUUGGACCUGGUCGAACCUGUCAUGUGCAAGUUCUUCGGAGGCCCCCUCGACGGAGCAGCUCUGGAGUGGCUCAUGAACAUCACCCCCGGAUCCAUAUCCUGCCUUGCUGACCUUAUCAACGCCUUCUAUCAACAGUUCGCUAGCAGCCGUCAACUGGUGAAACAGACGAGUGAUCUUUAUCGGUUGGUCCAAGCUCCCACCGAGUCGGUACGCGAUUACUUUCACCGUUUCAAUUGUGAAAAAAUUAGUAUAAAAAACUGUGAUGUCAAGACAGCUAUCGAAUCCUUCAAAAGAGGCCUCGUCCCCAACUCGGAGUUGUACCGAGAAAUCACCAAAUACCCCUGUACGACAUUCGAGGAGGUCAGAUCGAGAGCCUGUGCCCAGAUGCGCCUUGAAGACGACGAAGCAACCCGAACGAUAGCACCACGAUCAGUAGGGGGCAGCAGUGAUAGGCGAUCAUACACCCCGAGGAACAACAGUUGGCGACACCAACCAUACAAUCGCCAAAACCAGGUACAAAAUGUCAAUCAAUAUGAUAAUACUAACACCGUUUACAGGAAUGAUUGGGCCGAUCACCCCAAAAUCUCCGAGUACGGCUUUAACGUCGACAUCGGAGGUGGCGUCAACGCCCUUCAAAAUGUAGGUGGAAACGUCAGGUGGCCCAAAAAGAGCGACAGACCGGAUUCCGUGAAAGACAUGAGCAAAUGGUGCGAAUUCCACCGCGACAACGACCACAAAACCGAGAAGUUCAUCUCCCUUAAAAAGGAGGUCGUAUAUCUUCUGAAAUGGGGGCACUUGAAGGAGCUGCUGAGCGACAAAGGGAAGGAGACAUACAACAAGGAGAAACUCUCCCAACCCAACCCAGCGUCCAGCAGCGACCGACCGGCCCCACCUAAAUUCAACAAAGUGGUAAACGUUAUUUCUAGUGGUUUAGAUCUUUGUGGACUAACCUCUUCCGCAGCUAAAAAGAUUAACAGGGGAGAAUCUAGAGCCGUCAAAGAGGGGCAGACCGAGGAUGAAAUCGCACUCGACAAGUCUCUCGCAGCAAUGUCAAUCACCUUCGACGACUCAGAUUCAGUGGACUCACACCAAGAGCACCAUGAUGGAUUAGUAAUGUCGCUCCCAAUAGACAACGCUCUAAUAAAAAGGAUAUUGAUCGACAAUGGCAGUUCGACAAACAAAUUGUUCUUGGAGGCCCUACCGGAAAUGGGGCUCGAGGAAAAGAACAUAGUCAGUGUUAGGUUAUGA